ACUCAGAGUAUGAAAGUGGGAGUUAUAUUAUUGUAAAUAUGUUAUUAUAGAGCACGUUAAGCUGCAGCUACUUUAUAUAGUUUCAUCUAUAACAGCAUCAUAUUCUGUAAACUGAUCACAUGUCUUCUGUGGGAAGUAACCAGAGCUUUCAGAUGAAUGAAGCGGAGGAGGAGGCAGUCACACGCGCUCCAGACUCAGCGGCAAACUGUUUACUGAGAAACGUGACGAGAAGUUUUAAACCAGAAACCGAGUGAAGAAGAAGAGUUUGAGGAAGGAAAGAAGGAGGCAGCAGGAUGGAUGUGACAUCACACUACAGUGGCUCUGACAUCACUGAGAGCGGAGCCAAUAACAUCACAAUCCAAUCAGAAUGCAUCUCGAGCCAGCCGACAGCCAAUGGGAUGCUCCCACAUCACAACACAGAGGAGGCUCCUCCCCCUCUCUCUGAUAGGUCAGAUGACGGUGACAGCAGUAAUGACUCUUUAGCGGACAGCUGCUCCACCAAUGACAUCUCUCGCCUCCUGCCCACCCAGCCGGCCUCUGCACUCCGAAAACAGAAAGGUGUGGACAGCUCUUCAGUGUCUCCUCCGCCAGUCUGUACUCCUCCAUCUUCCUCCAUCACCUCUCCUCCUCCUUCUCGGUCGUCCACCUGUAACAGACACAGCUGCAGCCUUCCUCAUCGUCAUCAUCAUCAUCAACACAGCACCAAUCAGAAGCGUCUCUCCUCCACUAAAAGCCACGCCUCCAUCAAGACAGACGCCGCCCACAUUAAGGAGGUCGCUGGAGAUGACUGUUGCGUUCACUGUCUCCUGGCCUGUCUGUUCUGCGAGAUGCUGUCCAUGUGUUCGGCUCUGGGGGAGUGUCUGGCCUGUGGAGUGGGCGGGGCCGGGUGUUGUGACGCUGCGGUUGGCUGCUGCUGCGUGGAGGCGGCGGGGGAGGCGGCCUGUACGGAGGAGGCGUGUCAGGCCGUGUUGGAUUGUGGGAUAAUGGAGGACUGCUGCGGCUCAUCCGACUGCUUGGAGAUCUGUCUGGAGUGUUGCUCCAUCUGCUUCCCCACAUAGAGCAUCCAAUCAGAGAGGGACUACAAGAUGAUGUCAUAGCAAGUAGGAACGGGAGAUUUCUCAAACCCUGUCUGAAGAACAUUGACUCUGUUGUCUUUGUUUGGCCUGGAGACAGACUUGAUUCAUCCUGGAAAAACAUUAAGUUAUUCACCAUGUUUGAUCCCCACAAAAAGAUGAAACCGCUUCUUAAAAAGCCAACUAUAGACCUAUAUCUAACCUUCCCUUUUUCUCUAAGAUCCUUGACAAAGCAGUCGCCAAUCAGUUGUGUGACUUUCUACAGAACAAUAGUUUAUUUGAGGAUUUUCAGUCAGGAUUUUAGCCGUCUCCCGGCAGCUCCCGAGCAGCCGGGAGACGGCUAACAGGAGCUACCUCUGGUUGGUCCGCACCGGCUACUGGCGGCUGGCUAACUACAGAAGCUACUGAUUGAUUUCCCAUGGUGCGGCACCGCGUUUCCAAUUCACUAAGCCUCGCCUCCAACGCUAGAAAUAAACUACAUGUAUUACAUGUACCAUUAUCACUAAAGGAGGCAGAGGAAUAGCUAAACAUUUGACACACCGAGCAGGAGAGUGUGAGGGAGAGAGAGAAGCCAUCGCUAGCUGCUAAGAUAAAGAAUGGUAGCUAGCAAAAAUGAAUAGCAUGUAAACUGUGGGAUUAGCGAGAAAGUCAUUAAAAGAAGGAGCGAGCUAUGCUGAGCAGAACUAGUGUACGUUUAAAUGUAUAGCAGAUAGUUAGCAAAACAAAAUUAACUGUGAUGAGCUAAAGCAGCAAAAAUACACUACUAGUAACACACAAACACCGGUGACCGGAAAUGAGACAAUACGCUGACCACAGCACGUUUCUCGAGCCAGAUGAAACUAACCAGUUAGCUAAACUUCAGCAUGCCUUAAGGACAUAAAGACCUGGAAGACCUGCAACUUUCUGAUGUUAAACUCUGACAAAACUGAAGUUAUUGUACUUGGCCCCAAACACCUCCGAGACACAUUAUCUAAAGAUAUAGUUGCUCUAGAUGGCAUUUUGUGUUUGAGUCUGGUUCUGCUCGAGGCUUUUCCUUGCCACUGUGGCCAAGUGCUUGCUCAUGGUGGGAUUUGUUGGGUCUCUGUAAAUAUAUAUAUAUAUAUAUAUAUAUAUAUAUAUAUAUAUAUAUAUAUAUAUAUAAAGAGUUCGGUCUAGACCUGCUCUAUAGGAAAAGUGCAAUGAGAUAACUUCUGUUAUGAAAUGGCGCAGUAUAAAUAAAAUUGAACUGAAUUGAACUGUCUGUCAGUACAUCAUUAAAAACUGUCCUGAUAUCCAGACGUGAGGUAUUUUACUUCACUUUAAAGAAAGACACUGACCAUUUUUCAGGUGUAGAUCUCAGAUUCAAAAGUUGCAAAUAAUUUCACUUGAAGGUCAUUUUGUGUUGAACAAAUUGUGAAAACUUGGGAAUCAUGAGAGCAUAAAUAAAAAACGUAACUAAUGCUUAACUAAUGUAUGAGUCGUGAUGAUCGAAUCAAAUCAAUUCAGACUUUAUUUAUACAGCGCCUUUUGUGCAAAAUUGCAAUACGUUGCUUAACAAUACAAUGAAAAUACAGCAAUACAAAAUAAACAAUAUAAGGAAAUAAUAAUAUAGGAAAUAAGAAAUAUGGUAGAACAGAGAGACCAGUGUCGCACAGUAGAAGAGGGUAUUAAAAUAUAAUGGAUUAAGGCUGUUUUAGUGCCAGAGGACCUGAGGGAUCUAGAGGGAGCAUACACUGAAAGCAUGUCUGACAGGUGUUCAGGUGCUAGUAAAGUGAGGGAUUCGUACAAUCUUUUCUAAAACUGACAGGCAACCAGUGAAGGGACGUCGAGAUGUGUGCUCUUCUUCUGGUCUUAGUCCGAAUGAUCUGUAGCUUAUUUGAUGACGGUCACACAGGUUCGGUUCUGCUGAUCACAUGAACGGGUCUUUUUUAACGUAACUGUAUCCAGUUGAUUUGGUGUCAUAAAUUAAUAUAUAUUAGUAUGUGCUCUUAUUUUUCUGUGAUGGAAUGAUUGGAGCACAUACUUCUUUGUC